AUGGUAUCUCGGAGAAACAAGUUUGUGUUUGUGCAAACGCUGUUUGAGAAGGGGGAGGAGCCGGAGAAGCUCGCUGGCCGCGAGAACAGACGGACUCUGGCACAGACCAAGCGCACGCGGGUGUCUCUGGCGUGCGACCGGUGCAAGAGGCGUAAGAAACGGUGCGAGGGGCAGGACCCAUGUGAGAAUUGCAAACUCGCCGACGCCCGUUGCUCGUACUCGCGCGCGCUCAAGACGCAGACGGGAGGUACCAGGAUCAAGGAGAGUGGCGUCGAUGGGAAGACUCCGAUACAGGCUCCUGUGGAAAACUCCGGUAGCACAAGCGAGCCACAACCCACCUCCCCACGUAACUCAAAAAAACACAGCCCGGACGCAGAAUCCGCUCACGCGGACGAGAACGAGGUGCUUGCAGAGGCCCUCGAAAACCGGAUCCUGGUACUGAAAAAACAAUUUUCCCGGUUGCAGGAGGAGUUGGCAGCUUUGCGGCCCCACGCCGCGCGCGCUGAGACGAGCUCGAGCGACUUCUACAAGUCGAUCCGGCUGAUUCUACACGACACCCAGGACGAAACGUACGCCGGAAGUACGGCCAUCGUGUCGAAGGUGAACUCUAUCAAGAACUGGAUUCUCUCGAAAAUAUACAAGGAGAUGAAGGACUCGCACUCGUUAGCCAAACCACCGCCCGACCACGCCAAGAUGAUGAGCUUCCUGGAUAGCCACACCAGCAGCACGGUGCCGGUGGCCCCCACAAAAGAGCUCGAGAGGAUGUAUGUGCAGUACUUCAACCGGCUCAUGGGCCAGCGGUAUUUUUUUUACGAGCCGGAGGAGCUGGAGCAGCUGUUUGAGGCGCAUUUCGGCAAGUCCCAGUUGCUGUGUCCCAUAUUCACCUGUCGAGCGCACCAGGACGCCAUCGCAAACCUCAUUCUCGGCACAGGCUGCCGUCUAGUGAUGAUGUCGAAGCAGAUGAAUUUUCUCGACCCUAAGGUGUAUUUCGACCGCGCCAUGGACCUGCUCUCCAACACAGACUCCGCACUCAACUCGCUGGACCAGAUCCGCCUCAUCAUGUACAUUUCGCUGUACUUGCUGGUCUCGUACGACCACAACGUCAAGUUCACAAUGAACAUCUGGGAGCUGUCGGGGCUCGCGAUCCGCAAGAUCACCCAGACAGGCCUCCAUCGCUUUAGCGUCCCGGCCGUCGCGACGGCCAAGGAAUACGAGACGAGAAAACGCAUUUUCUGGUCUGUCUACACGUUCGAGAAGGUGCUGUGCAUGACGCUGGGCCGCCCCGCGUCGAUCUCCGAGGACGAGAUCGACGUGCCGUACCCGCUCAACAUCGACUCGCUGGUCGAGAUCGACGCCAACGACCUGCACAAGCUGCAGAUCGAGCAGCAGCGGCUGCAGUACCAGCAGCACGACCACCGCAUCACGUAUCCGCCAAAAAUCUCCCGCACGUACUAUCUGAUCCAGAUGUGCCGCGUCCGCGAGCUGGAGCUGCGCAUCGGGACCCUGGAGCAGUCGAUCGCUGUGCCGCUCGCCGCGUCGAUGAUCGACACCGCGCCACACAUAGAGCCGCAAUUCAACGCCCGCUACCAGCAGAUCGAGACAGAGCUAGAGACAUGGCGCUCCCAGCUCCCGACGGAGUCGGAGUUUCUGGACGGCCUGCGCCGCGAAAUCCCGUUCGAGUACCUGACGCUCUGCUACCACCGGUCGAAAAUGUUCCUCUGUCUCACCCGACUCAUGCACAGCGUCGACACGGACCACAAGAGCUUCCACGCGCUUCUGGUCGAGAUAUCCGAGGCUGCAGGCGGCGUGUGCAAGGCGUACAUGGCCAUCACGAAGGACCCGGCGUUUGGCUACGGCAUGUUCAGUCUGCACUCUGUUUUCCUUGUCGGCAUCAUUCUCGCGUACUCGAUCCUCAACCUCGACCACGAGCUGCUUGUCACCUCGCAAGUGUGGAGAUUCCACAACUAUCUGCGGCACUGCUCGGUGCUGCUUUCGCGGUUUGCCGAGCGCACGAAAAAGGCAGCCAGCUUCCGCAUCCUGUUCGACAGACUGCUCGAAGAGGGCGUUUUCCGCACCGCAGUCGGCUCGCCAGCUCUGCCGGCCACGCCGGCCAGUUUCUACUCGCACACGUUCGAGUCGGGCGACCUCGAGCUGCGAAACCUGAUGGACAUUUUCAGCUCUACCGCAGAGAACCACUGGAACAUCAGCGACGAGGAAGAGUUCUUGGAAAAACUAGAUUCCAGCCGCAGUCUACGUAGAUAA